GCUCCCGCCGCCUCCUCCGUUCCUUCUGCCCCCGCUGCUCCGCGCCCCGCCGCCGCCGCCGCCACCAUGGAAGCCAUCAAGAAGAAGAUGCAGAUGCUGAAACUGGACAAGGAGAAUGCCAUCGACCGCGCCGAGCAGGCGGAGGCUGACAAGAAGCAGGCGGAGGACCGCUGCAAGCAGCUGGAAGAGGAACAGCAGAGCCUGCAGAAGAAGCUGAAGGGCACGGAGGAUGAGGUGGAGAAGUACUCAGAGUCUGUCAAGGAGGCCCAGGAGAAGCUGGAGCAGGCGGAGAAGAAAGCUACAGACGCUGAGGCUGAAGUGGCUUCUCUGAACCGCCGUAUCCAGCUGGUGGAGGAGGAGCUGGACCGAGCCCAGGAGCGCCUGGCCACUGCUCUGCAGAAGCUGGAGGAGGCUGAGAAAGCAGCUGAUGAGAGCGAGAGAGGCAUGAAGGUCAUCGAAAACAGGGCCAUGAAGGAUGAGGAGAAGAUGGAGCUCCAGGAAAUGCAGCUGAAGGAGGCCAAGCACAUAGCAGAGGAGGCUGAUCGCAAAUACGAGGAGGUUGCUCGCAAGCUGGUCGUCCUUGAGGGAGAGCUGGAGCGCUCGGAGGAGAGGGCAGAGGUGGCGGAGAGCCGAGUGAGACAGCUGGAAGAAGAGCUACGGACCAUGGACCAGAGUCUCAAAUCCCUCAUUGCCUCAGAGGAAGAGUAUUCCACCAAGGAAGACAAGUACGAGGAGGAAAUCAAGCUUCUAGGGGAAAAACUGAAGGAGGCUGAGACCCGGGCGGAAUUUGCAGAGAGGUCUGUGGCGAAGCUGGAGAAAACCAUCGAUGAUUUAGAAGAGCGCUCCCAGCAGGAAGCCGAGAAAAACCGCAUUCUUUCUAAGGAGCUGCGGGUCAUCCUUACCGAACUUAACAACUGAGUAGCCCAGAGCUCCUGGCCCCAGCCCAGCCUCCUGCAUCCAUGCUGCUGCCAGCCCCACUCCCUUGCCCUGUUUUGGUCAGGCUGGCUCUGGGCUGGGAGCCCAUGCCCACUCCCCACCACGGCUAGCCAGGGUGUGGAGCCUUGGUUUUAUCACCCCAGGGGUGACCACCCUGCCUGGGGGGGGGGUGGGGACAGGGAGCCCCUCUGGAGCUGAUAGGUUUUUCUUGGGAGAGGAAUGAAGGUUUUUUUGAUGUCCCAGGACCCUCAUGCAGUGAUGGCUGUUCCUGGCAUCAACCUGGCCCUGCUGGAGAGGGAUGUGGUAGUUUUUAUCACUGCUUUCCUCCCGUUGUCCCAGAAGUCAGCAGCCAGCCUUUUCCUCCUCACUCUGGUUACCCCAAACUGUGCAGGGAGGAUGCCCUUGGAGUGGGGUCCCUGCAGGGUGCUUGGAGGGCUGGGAUAGGAGCUGGGGACCUGGCAGCACCCACUGCCCCAGGCUUGUAGCAGGGAACAGAGAAGAGCCCUGCUUAGGGUGCUGGGAGAUGGGGUUGGGUGAGCAGAGCUCUCAUCCCAUCGCUGUCUCCAGAGGGAAGGAGGGUGCCAUUUGGAAGUAAACAACAGAGGAGGCUGCCUCAGCAGUGGUCUGCCUGGCAGAGGUUUUCCCUGCGGCCUUAUUAGCUCUGCUCCUUCUCUCUUUCUGCUGUCCUCUGCAGUCCCUCUCCUUUUCUUCACGGAGCACCAAUGAGUCAUGCAGCCAGCACUGGCUCUUCUCUUUCACUGGCAGAGGGUUUGUGCAUGUGCCCUCAGCUGGCUGGUGCUGAUGCCCCAGGGCAAGAUGUCCUGGUGGCUGGCCAAGGAAUGGCACCUACCUGCCAGUGGCACCUGCGCUGUGGAGGGCCCGGCCAUAGGAGGAUGGAAAUGCUGAGGAGAGGGACGGCUUGCCACCAGUGGCCAGCCUGCCUGGCCUGGCUGCCCCAGCUGGUCCCGGAGUGGCUGGGCUCAUCCCUGCCGACGAUGAGGCUGCUUGUGCAGAGUCUGCUCCACCGGGAUGCCCCACUGGGCAGGAGGCUGUCGCCGUACUGAAAUGUCCGUCUGUGUGUGUGUGUCUGUGCUUGGUGUGGUGUGCGUGGGUCCGGCUGCGCCUGGGUACGUCUGGGGUGUUUCCGUGUGCAUGGCUGCGUGUCCCUUGUAUUCACAGAGAAUCUGGCCAGUGCCAAAGAGGAGAACGUGGGCAUCCACCAGGUCCUGGACCAGACCUUGUUGGAGCUGAAUAACCUCUGAGCUGCCCU